AUGGCUCUCCGUGGACAGACAAGUCCCUUCGGCCCAUAUGGUGGUCUUUGCUUGCAGUUUCUGAUGAGAGGUCAGGAGCGGCAGGAGGAAACUCCUCAAAGAUUAGAGCCACUUGGAGCAGGGUCUGGUGCAGCUGACAUUGAGUACGAGCAGUUUAUGAAGGCCAAAGAGGUACAACGGAAAAUGUUCCAAGCAGAGAACAAGACAAUUGUACAUCAAUGUGCAGAUACUGACAUCAUCGAAGCUGCAGAAGGGUCUGUGGCAUGCAUCGAUGGGAACCAGGCUGCAGCUCACGUUGCCUACGCCCUCAGUGACUGCGCCUUCAUCUAUCCCAUUACACCAAGUUCUCCUAUGGGAGAAAUGGUUGAUGAGUGGUCCGCACAAGGCCUGAUAAACUGCUAUGGACAGAAGCUCAGUGUAACAGAGAUGCAAAGUGAAGCUGGAGCUGCUGGUGCUUUGCACGGUUCGUUGAAAGCUGGCGCCUUCAGCACUACCUUCACUCCCAGUCAAGGCCUUCUGUUGAUGAUCCCCAACAUGUACAAAAUUGCUGGCGAGUUGUUACCUUGCGUCAUGCAUGUCGCUGCUCGUGCUCUUGCCGGACAGGCGCUGUCCAUUUUUGGAGAUCACAGUGAUGUGAUGGCUUGCCGCUCCACUGGCUGGGCAAUGUUGGCUUCAGAGUCUGUCGAGAUGGCACAGGUGAAUGCAAUCGUGGCACACCUUGUGUCCAUGGAGCGCCGGGUUCCUGUGCAACAUUUUUUUUGA